AUGUAUACUAAGUUCGGCGAGAGAAAAUCUGUCAAGCUGGCGGGCAACGUGGAGAUUCGCGUGGGGCUGCUGGUGCCGCUGCAGCUGGAGCGCGAGGACAGCGGCAUCGAUAGCGAGGACGCCGCCUGCGUGCCCGGCAUGCGCUUCCCCGCCGCCAACAAUUUGGUGGACUCGAGCAGCAGCGAUGACGAGUUUAUUAUGGAUGAAAGGAAUAAUCCGAAGAACAUCCAAGAAGCUUGGAUGGAUUUCGUCGGGAUGGAUUACCCAAUGGUUCCGUUGGUGCGACGGGAAAUCUCUGUCGACUCUCAACCGGUUGAGCGCAGCAGUCCCGACAGAUCAUCCCCACUCUACGAGGUCGAGCUUACCACUUCCGAUGAAGAUGACGACGAGUCCAACGUGGAAGUUGUUAUACCGAUAAAUAAUCAACAGCGCAAGAAGGUAUCGAGUGCAGAAAUAUUAUUAUACAUCUUCCUCGAUUUACUUUGCUGUUUACCUAGUCGUCUAACAUUUUCGUAAAUAAACUGAUACAAAACCCCGUAGAGAAAGUCACGUUCGAUUAGCGUUGUAAUAGAUUAGUCAACAUUUAAAGAAAUAUUUACUUGACAAAGAAGUGUUCGACAAGGAUCUUGUUUUAGUCAGAAAAUAUGUGAAUUAACAAUUUCAUCUUGACGGCAUCAUAUUUUCACUUCUGUUAGUUAUCUCGUUAAUCGAAUUUUACUUUAUC